UUCUCCAGACUUACCUACAAGCAUUGAGGACUUGAAAAUUAAAGUUAAAGCUGCCUGGUAUUUGAUUCCACCUAAAUGUUAUCACAAGUUAUCUAAUAGUAUGAUUAGACAAGUAAAAGCAUGUUAUAGUGCUGAUGGUGGGCCAAUUGAUUUCUGA